AUGUCAUCUGAAGAUUCAGACAGUGAUAGUCUGGCAAGUAUUGAGAGUCGGGUGAGGUAUAUAAUGGAAGAGGUUAUACCAAGAGAUGGAGAUGUAGACAUCAUGAAAAUUGCAGAGGAGACAGUCAUUAAUGCAAGCAAAGCUGCAAAAUUACAUGCAUUGACUAAAACAGAAGCAGAAAGUAACAAAGAUGAUAUUCCUGGCUUCUGUGAGAUAGAUGCCUCUCAAGUCAAUUCUCCCACAGAUGAAGAACAAAGCACAAAGGGUAGCCAGGCAUCUGACAAUUCAUUACCAACUGAAGAACACCUAGAAGAUGAGUCUCCAGUCAGGCCAGCAGAACAGCCAACAGAAGAUGGAAGAGUGUCAUCACUAAUGAAAAGUACCAAUUCUUGCAUGACUUCUGCAGACUGUUUAUCUAUGGCUAGUGCUGUAACUCCAAUGCCAAAAUACAAUCUCUCAAGCCGUAAAAGGUUUGAACUCGGUCAUGCUAGCCAUGAUAGUAGUUGCGACAUGAACUCCUACUUGACACCAACUCAAAGAAAAGACCAGCAGAUCAAAGAAUUGAAAAGUCAAGUGAAGGUGAUGGGAAAGCAACUGGAAGAUAAAGAACGUGACAUAGAAAGCCUCAAGAGUCAGUUAGGGCAAGAAGCAGCCAAAGCAUUUGACCAGCGGACAGAACAAAUUCAGAAAGUGAGAGAUGAAACAAUAGCCUUGCAAUUAAAGAAUGAACAACUUGCAAAUGAUUAUACAGAAUCACAAAAAAUGAUUAAGCAACUUCAAAUAGACAUUGAAGAACUCAAGGAAGAUCAGAAAAGAAGAGAAGAAGACAGGGAACGAAUGUACUUGGAGAUGUACAAAAAAGGUCAAAUGUCAGCCCAGUUUGAGAGAGAAGAAGAUUUACAAGCUUUGCUGACCCGUGGUGUGAACAAUGUUGGAAUCCGUGAAUUGGCUCGUCGCCUUGCAUGGACAGAAUGUGAAUUAGCUAAAUGGCAAACUAUCCAGCGAAAAGAAGCCUAUGAAAAUGCUGACAAGCCAAGCACUGAAGCUGCUGCAACUUUGCGAUUUCUUAAGGACUCUUUCUUCCAUUAUUUGACUAAUGAAAGGGACACAGAUGACCACUUGCGUGCUAUGAUUCGCAUUUUUAAUUACACUGAAGUACAAAAGAAAAAAGUUGCCAAAUGCCUACUUGAGGGAAAAAAGCUGAGAAAAUAG